AAGCGUUUCAGUUCACGUUGUGUGUCGGUUGCGGUUUGUACACGCUGUUCGGUUUCACCGUCUAUUAGACAAGUAUACUCCAGGACACGACAGUCACUGCUUAGUUAUCACUCCGUGAAGUAAAAGAAAAAAAAAACCUGUAAACUAUUCAAAGAAGAGGACUAUUUUUCUUAGAUACCGAUCCGUUAAAAUUGAUCGGCUGCUACUCGGAUGAUACCUGUGUUAGUAACCUACUAAAACGACAGUAUAGGGAUGACUGCCAACGGAAACGUGCAAUCUUCCCCCCUGGCCAAGAGAUACAGGUCGAAUUCCGUAAGCAAUUCGGUCGCGUAUUCUAGUCUACUGUUGGUCGAAUUGAUCUUAUUGAUCAUCAAGUUUGUGUACACAACUAUCGAAUCAAUCGUGCGGACGUUUUUGCCGCCCCUAGAAAAAUCUCUAGUCGACGAAAUCAUAUUGAUAACCGGAGCCGGUCAUGGAAUUGGUCGGGAAUUGGCGAUAUUGUUUGCUGAGCAAAAGGCAAUUAUUGUGUGCUGGGAUCUUGAUGAAAAAGGUAACGAGCAGACAAAAGACAUGCUUAAGCUUAGAGGACACAAGCGAGUCUACACCUAUAAGGUAGACGUGUCCAACAGGCAAGAAGUGAUUGACGCCGCUGCUCUGGUGAAAAAGCAAGUCGGAGAUGUCUCGGUGUUGGUGAACAACGCGGGAAUAAUGCCCUGUAGACCAUUGUUCCUGCAAAGCCACGAGACCAUAGAGAAAAUAUUCAACGUCAACGUGUUGGCACAUUUUUGGGCUCUGGAAGCGUUUUUACCCAGCAUGAUCGAAAAGAAUCACGGGCACGUCAUAGCGUUAUCUUCGAUGUGUGGUGUCAUCGGCCUUCCCAACGUCGUACCUUACUGCGCAUCUAAAUUCGCCGUCAGAGGACUCAUGGACGCCUUAUACGAAGAGCUUAGAGUUGGUGAUACAAAAAAUAAUAAAUCGGAUAUAAAAUUCACAACGGUGUAUCCAAUAAUGGUCAACACGGGUUUAGUGAAGAAACCCAGAAAUCGAUUCCCAUUUUUGUUGGAUAUGCAAAAACCUGAAAAAGUAGCAAAUAUCAUAGUAAAGUCGAUGAGACGCAACUACAAAGAAGUCAGCAUACCAUGGUUGUUGUUGCCACUGGAUAGAAUAUCCAGAUUGCUACCAGGUAAAUUUAUUCAAAACGUAAAGGACUUCAUCGAUACUGGUUUGGAUCCUCACACCGAUGAGUAUUAGUAUCAAAUCUAAACAUCAUACGUUUUCUCAGAAUCCUCUAAAAGACUUAAUUUUGCUGUUUUGUUUCGAUUAUUUUAUUCUUUUCUAACGUUAUUGUAUCUAGAGUACGCUGUUGAAUCAAUAAUUAUUAUAAUAUUUUCUGUACAUGUAAUUUCAACGUAUCAACAUUUUACCAUUAGCGUUUAAGUGAAAAAGUUUAAUUUAAGUUUAUCUUUGACAUGUAAAUAUAAUAUUCAGCAUUAAUGACUUUACACAAAGAGGAUUACGGCAGCUGUACCUGAACACUCAAGCUCUACUAAACUGUUGUUAAUUUGUUUUAGAAAAACAAAGUUUAGAUUUUAAAUUAAGCUUUUAAUAAUAAUUUGUCAAUAAAUUGUUAUAUAUGUGUCUUAUGUUAUUCUGCUUAAUUAAUUUAAAAAUUAUUUGUAAAUAUAACAGAACAGUGGGUGACUCCUUGUGAAUUAAACAUAGAUGCUUUGUUGAAGUUGAAUGUUAAAUAUAAUUGGAUUAAAUAUGUUGUAAUAAUAAUAGUUGAAUUAUUGACAACAUCUGUACAUGCAUAUCAUUAAAAACAGGGUUAAUGUACUGUCCUA